AUGAAUCAACUCUCAAAUGCCUUUUCUUUGCUGAAUUUGGAUGUUGCAGAUAGCCAAGCUGAGAUUACUAAUGGAGAUACUGAUAGAGUAACAGGAGAAGGUAAAGAGAAGGGGACAGAUGGCAGCCCAGGAGAGAUGAAAGUAGAUGAGCAUCAAACAAGGGUUCAGAAGCUAGAACCAGUUUCAGGAGAGUGCAAAUUGCCACUUGUAUGGAUUGACCUUGAGAUGACCGGAGAAACUACAAGAUUGGGAGAUGGAAGAGUUCCAAAGGCUAUUAGGGCACCCAGGAAGGUUAUUGAAUUUGUGAAGAGAAAUAUUGGCACAUAUACGCCAUUACUAGCAGGAAAUUCAGUCUACGUGGAUUUUCAAUUUCUGAAGAAAUAUAUGCCGAAUCUGGCUAGUCUUUUUUCACAUGUACUUGUUGAUGUUAGCAGUGUCAAGGCAUUGUGUCUUCGUUGGUAUCCAAUAGAUGGAAAAAAGGCUCCUAAAAAAGAAAACAAGCACAGAGCUAUGGAUGACAUUAAGGAGAGCAUAGCAGAACUCAAAUACUACAAGGAACACAUAUUCAAAGCAUCCAAGUCCAAUAAGUAAUGGGGCGCAAAAUUUCCUAUUUCCUGGUUAUGGGUUCUUCUUUUAGGUUUAGUAUAAGCAACAUUACACUAAACAGAAAAUGUCUGUUAGUAUUUCAACAGGUAACCAACUCAGUAAGUUAAUAUCAUCUUCUGUGGCCUGGGCAAAAGUGGAUAUGUGUGUGAAGGGAAAUAACAGAACAAUACUUCUUCUUGCCUUUCCAGUAAUAGAUGAAAUCAGACUUGGUCGCAAUUUCAG